AUGCCAAUAUAUGUACGAAUUGGUAUGCAUCUUCUGUUUGCCACCAUGUUGGAUCGUAAAUUACUCCAAACACACAAGAUCCAUCAUCUAUUCUCAGCCGAGUCGGUGAAGCAAGGGAAACAUUUUGAUGCAUCAGAAUCAGUAGCCCAAAUCGAGCAUUUCAUCAAGACUUAUAAAUUGGAUCUAUCGGAGCUUCUGCAGCCCGAUCUCAAGCAGUAUAAAUCGUUCAACGAAUUCUUUUAUCGUAAACUACGGCCGGAUGCACGUCCUAUCCAUUUCGUAGACAAUCCUAAUAUUAUCGUGUCGAGUGCGGAUUGUCGUCUUUGCGUGUUCGAGUCCAUUAGUGCUGCGACGCAAGUUUGGAUCAAGGGCAAACUAUUUUCGAUCAAAGAGCUUCUCAAGGAUGAAAUUCUAGCUUCGAAAUAUGAAGGUGGAUCCAUUGCGCUGUUUCGUCUGGCACCACAGGAUUAUCACCGAUUCCAUUCUCCUGUCACAGGUACGAUUGUCAAAGAGCCCUUCAAGAUUGCUGGGACUUAUUAUACUGUGAAUCCUAUGGCAGUCAAUUCAGACAUCAAUGUCUUUACUGAGAACGUACGCCAGGUCACCUUGAUUGAUCUCGAGCAAGAAGAGGGAAAGGAUGAAGAUGAAGGUAGCAAUAAUAGCAACAGCACGAACACUGGUGGUAGAAAUGCUCAAUUUGACCAAUGUGUCUUUGUCUCCAUCGGGGCUUUACUUGUUGGAUCUGUUCAAUUGACAGGCGCAAAGGAGCCGGGUAACAGGGUUCGCAAAGGUGAUGAGCUAGGCUUCUUUGCAUAUGGUGGAUCUACUUGUAUAUUACUUUUCAAGGCAGGGGCUGUACAGUUUGAUCAGGACUUGGUUGCUAGCUCACUAAAAGGCAUUGAAACCCUUGUGCGGAUGGGCGAAUGUAUUGGUGAGCGGAAGUAA